AUGGAAGAAACUCCCGUGAGCGACAUCGCCUCAAAGGAGGAGAUAGCGAAGCUGGACAAUCUUAGCCAAGCCCAACUCAUGCUUGCGCAGUUGAUGGAAGGCGGGCAAGAAGAUGACGAUACCUGUCAAGCGCUCGACAAGCUCACUACCCUUUUGAACAAGGAUGCGGAAGCUGCUGCGAAGGACAAAUCCCACAAGUCCAUCUGCAGCAUCAUCGACGAAGUAUGCGUUGAUACCUUGUUCAGUUAUUUGGACAUGAGACAGAGCACGGCCGUUCGUGGCCACGCCAUCUUGACGGUCUCUUCCUAUUUCAAGGCUUCGGGAGAUGCUGGGCCAAAGGCUCUUACGCAUUUCUUCUUCAACAGGAUCAAGCGUGGUACCUACGAUGACUACAUUGUGGCUUUUUGCGUUGCUUCAUCCAUUUUCCCCAUAUCCCCGGAUAUGGUGACCGAAAUGUUCCUCACCGAGGGAUUUUUGCCCAGUCUGGGACCGCUUAUGCGACGAAAGUGGAAGAGCAGAAAGGUCGAAACUGCAUGCUUGGACAUGCUCAACGCCGCAUCCAUGAACUCAGUUUGCCGGGAGGCGAUUGCAAAAUACUGCACCGAAUGGCUUGAAGAAAUUGUUGAUGAAGACCCGACUGAACUUGAGACGGCGGUGCAUGCAGUCGACACUGGGGUUGAAGGCGCGCAAGGAUCAAUUGCCAUGAAGAGACACUCGGACGCCGUCAAAAAUCUGGCCGCCGUCAUCUUGGCCAAAUUGAAAGCGGUACCGACAACAACAGAUCAACAGCAACCCGGAGAACUAGGCAAAGACAGAGUCGCGCUCGCCACGACAAGCAUCGAGGAUCUGUCCAAGAAAUUCACAACCAUACUACUUGCAGACGAAGAGCAGGAAAAGGACCAUUCAGUGGAGGGACUGGCAUACGCGACGAUCCAGCCUUCUGUCAAGGAAGAAGUGGCACACAACCCACAGCUACUAAAGAACCUGGUCAAGAUUUUGGCCGCAGCAACCCCUAAAUCGCCGGUGACUUACGGCGUACUCAGCAUAUUUCUCAAUCUUACACGAUACAAACCUCCUCAAUCGGAUGAAGAGAAGAAGAUGAGCCAGUUGAAAGCAUAUGCUAAUGCUGGAGGAAAACUGGCGGCUCCGAACCCUCUCAAUGACGAUGCUCAUACAGCAGCGAGGUGCAAGGCAGUCUUCGAGGCCAACCUUGUGCCUGUAUUGGUUACGCACAGUCGGAACGGUUCCGUCGCAUCUCUAUCGAUUAUCAUAUCAAUCAUUGCUUCACUGUCUGUCGCUACAUCUAUCAGAGGUCAGCUGGCUCAACAAGGAGCUGUCAAUCUCUUGAUCGCUGCCUGGACUGCGCUUCCAGAAACAGAAGGAACAGCCAAAAGGACGGCAGCACAAGCACUUGCGAGAAUAUUGAUUAGCACAAACCCUGCACUUGUGUUCGGUGGCACAAGGGCACGUCCUCAAAACUCUGCGAUUCGACCGCUUCUAUCCAUUGUUCCACCGGACCCAUCCGCGGAGACACGAGACUUGUUGCCUACCUUUGAAGCAUUAAUGGCUCUCACAAACCUAGCCUCCACUGAUGAUGAUAGUCGGACGACGAUCAUACGCACCGCAUGGCCUGAGAUUGAAGAACAACUUCUGAGUUCCAACAAUAUGGUUUCCAAGGCUGCAGUUGAACUUGUUUGCAACCUUGUUCAGUGUCCGGAAGGCAUCAUGCUAUACGCAGAAGACUCGGCGCAGGCCAAGAACCGAUUACACAUUAUGCUUGCACUUGCCGAUGCCGAAGAUGAAGGAACAAGAAGUGCUGCAGGCGGGGCUUUGGCGUCGCUCACCUCUUAUGAGCCGAUUGUCAAAGCCAUUGUGCAUCGGGAUCGUGGCGUUCAGGUGAUCUUGGGCUUGUGCGCUGAGGAGUCCGAGGAUCUGAGACACCGUGGUGUUUUCAUUGUUUACAAUUUGAUCUCAUGCGAAGGAGAGACGGGAAAGAUGGCACGAAAAAUGGUCAGAGCCGAAAACGGCCUAGAGAUUCUGAAAGGCUGCGCAAAGAAAAGUCGAAGGGCCGAGGUGGUAGAGGUUACGGUCCAGGCAUUGAAGGUCUUGCUGGAAGAGAAUGAUCAGCCUCAGGUAUGGGAAGUGGACUGA